AUGGACAACUACAACAAUAAGACGUCGCAGUUGUCGCCAAUUUCUGUGGACUCUAUUUUCCUUGUAACAAAUGAAUGUAUUUACAUUACGUCUGCCAUGCGCAAAAACGCCCGCUGGGCACAGUCCAGCAUGGCGGCGAUUCUGGGUGUAGCAUCUAUUGCCGACAAUGCAGAAAGCGAUAUUGCCUCGCGCUGGGGUCUAAGAGGCAAAUCAUCUUCUAGCGGUGAUAAUCCGCUUGUGGCUGGGUUCGCAAGACUCCGCGCAGAUUUGACACAGAUUACAGAUAUCAGAGAAUUACCUGCAGACGUUAUUUUUGCACCAUUUCUUGAAGUAAUUAGUUCACAGGCUACAACGGGUCCUAUCACCUUUGUUGCUCUUUCGUCAAUUAACAAAUUUCUCGACUACAGAGUAAUUUCUCCUGAAUCACAAAACUUCCAGCUGGUCAUUUCUCAGCUUGUUUUCUCUAUCACACACUGUCGAUUUGAAGCCACAGAUCAGUCUGAAGAUGACACAGUGCUUCUUAAGAUUCUUAAUAUAAUGGAGCUUCUUGUUUGCGGGUUUGGUAAUGACUAUCUAAGCGACGAAAGCCUGUGUGACAUUAUCGAGACGUGUUUGAGCAUGGCGUGCCAAAUAAAGCGUGGCGACUUGCUUCGACGAUCGGCAGAAAUGACCAUGAUUAAGCUUACAGAGUCAAUCUUUGCACGUUUAGCUGAGCUUGAUUCGGAAGACGACCUCGAUUUGCUUUCUGCAGAUAAUCUGCAAGAUCACCUUGCCAACCCACCUCCUCAAGUCAUCAAACCUACUGAAGAAUCACCUGAAACUGAGACAGUGGCAACUAACACUAAUAAUAACCCACAAGAUAUCCCUGUCGAAAUUACCUCCGUUAAUGACACUAUCCAUACUUCAGAAGAUCCCGUGGAUCUUGAUACUCUCGAAAUCCCAACGGCAGCUGCACCUGUCGCUUCAACCAAUGGCCAAAAGACAUUUCAAAAAUACGGUAUUGCUUCAAUCCGCGAGUACCUUCGCGUUUUAAUAUCUAUCAUCGAUUCGGCCAAUUCUCAUCAGUACACAGAUUCAACCCGCAUUAUGGUGUUACAUUUGAUCAAUGUCGCUUUUGAAGUGGCUGGAUCACAAAUGGCCCGCUUCCCCUCCCUACUCGACCUCACUACAACAACUCUUUUGAAGCACCUUUUACAAUUUACACGUUCCGAAAACCCUCAUCUUUUGCAAAAAUCUCUUCGUGUAUCGAGCACAAUUUUCCACACUUCUCGCCAAAACUUGAAGCUUCAGCAAGAAAUGUUUUUAACAUACAUGCUGACAUGCUUGAGCCCGAUUGCUGAAAUUCCCAAGGAAGAGGGUGUGGACGAUAUUUUUUAUAAUGGUGUGCCCAGCAUUCCGCGCACUGUGAUUAAUGCAUCCCCUCAUCCUUCCAAAGUGUCGACACCAGUGGGUGGCAAGUCUGCAACAGCUGCAUCAUCUGCUUCUGAUGGAACUCUGCUGCCUUCUUUCAUUAAUAUGCGAAGUCCAGAUGCACGUGAAAUGAUGGUGGAAGCUUUAACAGGUCUUACCCGCAUUCCAAACUACUUUGUUGACUUGUUUGUCAACUAUGACUGUGACGUGGAUCGUGCUGACUUGUGCGAAGAUCUCAUUGGAUUUCUGUGUAGAAACGCUUACCCUGAUUCUGCUACAUGGUCUACAUCGAGCGUACCGCCUUUGUGCUUGGAUGCUCUAUUGGCUUUCCUUUCAUCUUUAGCUUACCGACUUGACAAUAACGAUUACUCUGAAAACGAUAAGAAGGUAUCAUCAUCUUCUUUACAAAAUAAGCAACGCAAGCGAAUUGUCAUUGAGGUCACAGAUCUCUUUAAUACCAAGCCUAAGAAGGGUGUUCCUGCCAUGGUGGAAAGAGGCCUUAUUGAGGAUGAUAAGCCCGCUACAGUUCUCAAGUUUUUGCAAGGCUCUGGCCGCAUUAAUAAAAAGGUUCUGGGUGAGUUUUUAGCUGCUCCACAGAAUCCAGAGUACUUGGAUCUUUUCAUAAAAAGCUUUAACUUUGAAAACAAGUCACUGGAUGAGGCCAUGCGCGACCUUUGCACGGAAAUUCGUCUUCCUGGUGAGUCUCAGCAGAUUGAGCGUAUUAUGGAAAAGUUUGCUGAGCGAUAUUGCGAGUUCAAGUCCAAUACUGAGUUUGUCGCCGAUAAGGAUGCAGCCUUCAUUCUCAGUUAUGCAGUCAUUAUGCUUAACACAGACUUGCACAAUCCACAAGUCAAGAGCCACAUGACCAAUGAAGAGUUUAGCCGUAAUUUGCGUAAGAUGAACGCUGGCGAGGAUUUCUCUCCUGAGUAUCUUGCUUCUGUUUAUUCCGCAAUUAAGGACAAGGAGAUUGUCAUGCCUGAAGAACAUGAUGACGAUGAGUCGUUUGACCACAUGUGGCGCGAACUUCUGAUUAAGGCUCCACAAGCUGGGACUGCAAUCCACCUUGCAAGUGGUGUUUUUGAUAAGGAAAUUUUUGAGGCCUCAUGGCAACCAAUUGUCUCAACCUUGUCUUAUAUCUUUGCCACAGCUACCGAAGAUACCGUUUUUUCAAGAGUCAUUAAAGGAUUUGAUGACAUUGCUCAGAUUUCCAACCGAUACCAGAUUGCUGGCGUGACUGAUCAAAUCAUUUAUUCACUGGGGAAGAUUUCGACUCUUACCUAUGGAAACUUGUCAGUUCCAUUGUCUACGAUUGAAAUGACCACCGAUGCGAAUGAAAAGAUUGUUGUCAGCGAGCUUUCUGUUCAAUUUGGUGAGGAUUUCAAAGCCCAGUUAGCAUCUAUUAUUCUUUUCCGCAUUGCUAAAAGUAACAGCUCUUUUAUUUCCGAAAGCUGGUCACAAAUUCUUGUUCUCAUUACCAAUCUUUACCUACAUUCUCUUUUUUCUGCGCUUUCUCAAAACUUGCAAUAUGGAAUCCCACCUCUUCCUUUUGUCAAACCAGUUCAUGUAUUACAAAAGGGCAAGUCUUCAAAAGACGCUGGCUUGUUUUCUACUUUGUCAUCUUAUCUUACUGGCUACAAUGACUCUGUUCCUGAGCCUACUGAUGAAGAGGUUGAAUCUACACUUUCUACUGUUGAUUCAAUAAGAUCUUUUGAACUGCCUGAAUUUCUCGACAAAGCACUUAAUACAUCUUGGAAACAUAUUGUCAACAGCGGCCUCGGAGUUAUACCUAGUCUUGAAACACUGUCCCCCCCUAACCGCCAAAAGUUUUAUCCUUCAAUUUUAUUUUUACUCGACAUUGUGACUCUUGCCGCCAUCCAUUCCAAAGAUUAUGUUAUUCAGAAACAGGUUUUUGAAGUUUUUAAGCAGUAUAUUUCUGAAUGGGAAGUUUCAGAUAACAGCUUCCUGACACGAUGUAUUAUUUACUACUUUGUGCUAUUGCGUAAUUCUUCCAUCGUUAUGGAGGAUGAUCUAUUUGAAGCAUUGACCAUUGUUUCUGAGAUUAAAGAGGUUGUUUUAAGAAAAUGUGUGGGUCAACUUGUUAAUCCACUUAUUUCACUUGCAGACGAAGGUUCUUGGACCUCUCCACUGGUUCUGAAGAAAUCUACCGCCUAUUGGCAGCUUUUCAAACUUGCUGCUAGCAGCCGUGACUGUACGCAAAAAGUGUUUAGCUUUGUUGAAAAGCUUGCUGUUGCUUCUAAACCAGGCCACGAAGGCUCCAUAUGUGAGGAUAAUGUGAGUGGAAUUCUUGAAGUGUUUGGCGAGAUUGUGAGCGUGGGAGCUUGUGGUGCGCAGUUGGAGCAGAACAAGGCUGCAAUUGCUUAUGAAUUCAAAAAACAAUUUGAUCAGCAAACUGCUAUUAAGAAAGCCAAGGAGGUGAUCGCCAACAUGGAAGUAGACGUACGACGAUCUGUGCAUGCGCUAGACAUAAUUGCAUCACUGGAGCCUUGCAUUGAGAAACUUGCCGAUAAAGCUGAAGAAGAGGAAAGUGGGAAACAGUCUGCCUGGACCAAAGUGUGGUUACCAUACGUGCGGACAUUGUCACAACAGUGUAUUAACCCAUCCCGCAAGAUCAGACACCAAGCGUUUGCAUAUUUCCAAAAGACCUGUUUAUCACCAUUUUUGCAAACGCGUGCAGACUUUGAUUGGAUUAUAUUGUUUGACGAAGAGCUGUUCCCAUUGUUUGAUGCCUUGCUAAAUGCCGAGGUAUAUGAGACUGACCCCAAGGGCAUGAGCCAUACACGACUUCAGGCCGCAGCACUUUUGUGCAAAGUGUUUUUGCAAUAUGUGGCCGGAAACUUUGAAUCACAGCGAGCUGCUUUGGCUGGCGAGGGCGUGGCAAUGGAAGAAUUGCGGCGUGCUCGCAAUGCAGAGCUUUUCAAAUACUGGAUGCGAGUUUUAGAUACGAUCGAUAGAUUGAUGAAUAGUGCUGGAAAGCAAUCGCAAUUACAAGCCGCCAACCGAUCACACCGGGAUACUCCUCCUCAUGGUCACCGCACUAGUAACAGUAAUACGAACAAUACUGCAAACGAGACUCUUGAAGCCCUUAAUGAAAGUGUGGUGGAGUCUGUGAAAAAUCUUUUGCUAGUUAUCAAGGCCAGUGAGUUGCCGCAAGAUGAAGAGUUUUGGGAAGAGACCUGGAAGCGAGUUGAAGCCAUUUGGCCUGGGCUCCGUGCUGAUCUUCGGGCACGUACCGGUGUGUCUAAAGAACAAAAAUCCGAAGAAGAAAAAGCGGACGAAGAGCCUCAAAUUGAAGCAAGUGAAAAAUCUUCAGAACAAGUUUUAUAG